AUGGCUGAGCGCAACGAUCACUACAAACGGGAGGAGGAUGAGGAGGAAGAGGAAGAAGAGGAGCUUGAUGAGAACUAUUACAAGGCGCAGAAGGAUGCCCUGUUGUUCGCAAUCAAUGUCAGCCCAUCAAUGCUGAAGGACCCACCUCCGUCCGAGGACAAGAAGGCCAUCAAGGACAAUGCCGUGAUAGCAGCCCUCAAGUCGGCCCACCAGGUCAUGCAGCAGCGCAUUAUAUCCAACGCAAAGGACAUGAUGGGCAUCAUCCUGUUUGGCACGGAGAAGACAAAGUAUGUCGACUUUGACGGCAAACCUAGCAACCUGUCGUAUCCCCAUUGCUAUGUCUACACCCCACUCGACGUACCUGCUGCCGAGGAUGUAAAGCAGCUCAGGAGCUUUGUCCAUGAUGGAGAUGAUGAGGACCAGCUUCUCGUCCCAUCACCCGACGGCGUGGAUAUCAAGGACCUCCUUUUCUGCGCAAACCAGAUCUUUACCCAGAAAGCCCCCAAUUUUGGGUCCCGAAGACUGUUCAUCAUCACCGACAACGACGACCCGCACCCGGGCGACAAGAGCGCCUCCGAGUCCGCUCGUACGCGAGCACAGGACUUGUACGAUCUGGGCGUCAACAUUGAGGUUUUCCCCAUCACCCACGGCGAGGACAGCAAGUUCGACCUUACCAAAUUCUACGAUAAUAUUGUCUAUCCAGACCCUACAUCAGAGGCGCUGGACUCCGAGAGAUUCAACACGUCAAAGUCGGGUGAUCUCAAUUCCCUAAUAAAGAACAUCACCUCUAAGCAGACCCCUAAAAGAGCCUACUUCUCUAACAUGACAUUCGAGCUGGGCCCCGGGCUCAACAUCUCUGUCAAAGGGUAUAAUAUUAUUCAGAAGCAGUCACCCGCCAGAAGCUGCUAUAUCUGGCUUGAUGGCGAGACAGCCCAGAUGGCUGUCAGCGAGACAACCCGCAUGGCUGAAGACACCACGAGAACCGUGUCGACAGGCGAGGUGAAGAAAGCCUACAAAUUCGGGGGCGAAUAUGUCUACUUCAGCCCCGAGGAACAGAAGGAGGUGAAGCAGUUUGGCAGCUCUACCAUACGGAUUAUUGGAUUCAAGGAUCGGUCCCUGCUGAAGUUUUGGAUGUCUAUGAAGAAGUCCGUCUUCAUUUACCCCAGCGAAGAGGGCUAUAUCGGCUCAACACGUGUCUUUUCGGCUCUGUGGAAGAAACUUUUGAAGUCUGGCAAAAUAGGUAUCGCGUGGCAUGUGUCAAGAACGAACGCCAACCCCGUUUUGGUUGCCGUCAUACCUUCGCGGGCCCAGGAUGACGAGGACUCUGGAACACCGUUCUUGCCUGCAGGACUGUGGCUCUAUCCGAUACCCUUCGCCGAUGACGUCCGCCCGCCUCCGGGUGUCAAGGCUGUCCGCACAACCGAUGAGCUGACCAACCAGAUGAACAAAAUUGUUCGCGUUCUGCAGCUCCCCAAUGCUGCGUAUGAUCCUACAAAAUAUCCAAAUCCGUCUUUGCAAUGGCACUACAGGAUCCUACAGGCCCUAGCGCUUGAGGAGGAGGUGCCAGAUGAACCUGAUGACAAGACAAAGCCAAAGACUAAGGCUAUACACAAGCGUGUCGGAGGGCACAUUGAGGAUUGGUCAAACCUUGCAGACCAAGAACUCACAAAGUACGAGGAACAGCAGGGCAUCAAACGCGAAUUGGAACAUGAUGACGAACCUCGACCCGCAAAGAAAGCCAAGAAGACGAUCAAGGCAGAAAACGGAGAUGGUGGUUCGGUCAUGAACGAUGCCGCCUUGAAGAAGAAAUUCAACUCUGGUGAACUGACCAAGCUGAAGGUUGUGGACCUCAAAGACAUUCUUGCUGCGCAUGGCCUUGAUACGAAGGGCAAAAAGGCGGAUCUCGUGGAGAGGUUAGAACAGUGGGUAGAGGACAACUUGUAA